GUCGUCAAGGAAGAAGGUUCCGGAAGCCGAGUCCGGUUUGAAUGAAGCUGGCAUGCCUAGUUCCCUUCUAUGGGCUGUGGAUGUACAUGGAAGAGUUUAUAGCCUCUCUACAGCUGGACAGUACUGGGAGUUGUGCAAAGAUGAAAGCUUACAAUUUAAGAGAUUGGCAGCUGUUAAGCAGUGCUGCUGGGGAAUUGCAUGCGACCAUCAGAUCUAUGUCUACGUCCAUUCAAGUGAAGUCCCAAUCCAUUACCAAGAAGAGACCUAUGAAAAUCAGCGAUGGAAUCCUGUGGAUGGUUUCAGUGACCGCCUUCUACCCAGUGACCGCUGGCAAUGGAGUGAUGUUACAGGUUUGAUCCAUCAACCACUAAAUGAGUUUGAACUUGCUUCACCGCAAUGGGAGUGGGAAUCUGACUGGUACGUGGAUGAAAAUAUUGGAGGAGAGCCAACAGAAAAAGGGGGUUGGACAUAUGCCAUUGAUUUUCCUGCCACUUACACAAAAGACAAGCGGUGGAAUUCUUGUGUGCGUAGACGGCGAUGGAUCCGAUACAGAAGAUACAAUGCAUGUGAUAUGUGGGCAAAGAUUCCUUUACAAGAGACUGGACCACUGCCAGAUCCCUUUAAUGAUAUUGCAGUAGGAGGAUGGGAAAUCACUGAUGAACCUUUAGGACAUCUUUCAGUCUGGGCAGUAACAGUACAAGGAAAGGUAUUCUAUAGAGAAAAUAUAAAUGACCAGAAUCCUGAAGGUUCUCUGUGGACUGAAAUCCAGACUCCUGGGGAAGUAGUUCAGAUAACUUGUGGACCGGGAGAUCUUUUGUGUGCUGUAUUAUGGGAAGGUCAGCUAAUUGUGAGAGAUGGAAUAAACAGAGAUAAUCCUAAAGGGAGUUCUUGGAAGAUUGUUGAACCACCAAACUCUGAAAAUGGUCUUGUUCAGGUUUCAGUGGGCGUUAAUGUACUAUGGACUAUCACACGGGACAGAAGAGUCUGGUUUCGAAGAGGUGUCUGCUCUGAGAACCCUGUAGGAACAGGCUGGAUUUGUAUGAAUAUAGAGAUGGUAAUGGUGAAUGUGGGAUUAAAUGAUCAGGUUUGGGGAAUUGGAUAUGAAGACCGUAAUAUUUAUUUCCGUCAUGGAGUGACACCAACUGAAUACAGUGGAAAAGCUUGGAAAAUAAUCGUAGCUAGCAGAGAGCAUGACCGAGCUUCUCGUACAGGCAGUGCUACCAGUCUUGCAAGUGCUGGCUGUUUCUUUGGUGAUGAAGUUAGGUUGCCAUCACAAGUAUCCAUUAGUAGCGAAGUUGAUUUCUCCUCCGAAAUGGACAAACUGGCAAAGAAAACUGAAAACAUUCUCGAAACAAUUGGUGAGCGUGCAAGUUGUCCCCAUGCCAGUGGAGGUGGAGAUGGAGAUGUUGCUUCCAGUCCUGAUAUUGAGAAAAAAUGUGCUGAUGUUGCAAAUGUAUUUGAGACCAUCCCUUUAAUGGGAGCAUCUUCAGAAAAAUGGGUGCAACCUGUUGCUGAACCACCUGUUUCCCAAGCUCCAUAUUUGACGGACCAAGGGGGACCUUUGCAGGAUGGUGCUGAAUUGAUUAUUGCUCAUUCAAUCUCAAACACAAUGAACUCAGACCCGGCUGAAACAUCCAGUGUUUCUUCUGUAGGCACCUAUCCUUUUGGAAUUGAAGAGCACUACGUGUCUGAUGAGCGCCCACUCUGGGCCUGGCUCAGUGGAGGAGGUUGUGAAGUAGAAGCUCACACCCAGCUGAACUGGUUCACUGCCCAGUCAGGACAGCCAUUUUCUCAGCUGUCAUUCUCAAUGCCUAUUAGCUGCACCCAGCAGACAGUUUGGCGGAAACAGAUAAUUCAUCAGUUAACUGAACGGUCCAAACGGGAGCUGGAGGAUUUUAAACAUUAUGAGCAAGCAGUUGAACAGUCCGUAUGGAUAAAAAAAGGAGCAAUGCAGUGGUGGAGAGAUGGAAAGCCAUACAAAUGGAUAGACGUCAGGGUAGCACUGGAACAGUUUACAGGGAAUGAUGGAAAACGGGAUGGGAUCUUUUUCAUUUACUACACAUUCAAUGAUGAGAAGAAGUACCUUCACGUGUUUUCAAAUGAAAUUACAAUUUUGGUUCCGAUUGCUAAUGAAACAAAACAUUCAUUUGCUAUUUAUACUCCUGAGCGGACAAAGCAGAGAUGGCCAAUAAGGUUGGCAACAACUACAGAGCAAGAAAUGUAUGACUGGCUUGCUGUCCUGAGUUUAGCAUGCUGUGACAGUAGAGAUCUACAUGGACCCCCAUCUAACCAGGCCCUUUGGUCUGUCACAUGUAAAGGAGAUAUCUUCGUCAGUGAGCCAACCCCGAAUUUGGAAGCAGCACAACAUCCUUUGCCAAGUGAUCAAUUGUAUUGGCGUCAGAUUGGAGGACAUCUCUGUAUCAUUGAAUCCAACAGCCAAGGAAUUGUGUGGGGCAUUGGAUAUGAUCACACAGCCUGGGUUUACACUGGUGGAUAUGGAGGUGGCUUUUUUCAAGGUCUGGCUAGCAGUACAGAUAACAUUUAUACACAAACAGAUGUGAUGUGUGUUUACAUCUACGAAAACCAGCGUUGGAAUCCUGUUACUGGAUACAGUAGUCGGGGGCUGCCAACCGAUAGGUACAUGUGGAGCGAUGCAUCAGGUCUGCAAGAAUGUACCAAAGCACACACCAAACCUCCUUCACAGUGGACUUGGGUUUCUGAUUGGUAUAUUGAUUUCAAUGCUCCAGGAGGGACUGAUCGGGAAGGAUGGCAAUAUGCAGCUGACUUUCCUGCCUCUUACCAUGGUUAUAAGACGAUAAAAGAUUUUGUGCGACGCAGACGAUGGGCAAGAAAAUGCAAAAUAGUUACGACAGGUCCCUGGUUUGAGGUUGGACCUGUUGCACUCCGGGACAUUUCACUGAUUCCCUGUGUAUCUCAGAAGGCAGAUGAUGCAUCAGCAUUGUGGGCCAUUAGCAGCAAAGGAGACGUCUUGUGUAGACUGGGAAUAACUAAGCAAAAUGCACUAGGUUUAUCAUGGCUGCACAUUGGUACAGAUCAACCAUUUGCAUCAGUGUCUAUCGGUGGCUAUUAUCAGGUUUGGGCCAUUGCCAGGGAUGGAGCAGCUUUCUACCGUGGUUCUGUCUCUCCACAAAAUCCUACAGGUGAUUGUUGGUACCACAUUCCACCCCCUUCCAAACAGAAGCUGAUACAAGUGUCUGUGGGCCAGACAUCUGUUUAUACAGUGGAUGAAAAUGGUAAUUUAUGGUUUCGCCAAGGCAUUUCUCCAAGUUAUCCUCAAGGAUCAUGCUGGCAGCAUGUUUCUACUAAUGUUCGCAAAGUGUCUGUAGGUCCUCUUGAUCAGGUUUGGAUAGUUGCUGAUAAAGUUCAGGGCAGCCAUAGCUUGAGUUGUGGCACGGUGUGUCAUCGAAUGGGUGUCCAGCCACGAGAGCCCAUCGGUAGCGGUUGGGACUACGGUAUUGGAGGUGGCUGGGAUCAUAUUACAAUCAGAGCAAACUCCAUGGAAACUUCUCAUAAUCCUGUUUCUAUGGCAUCUGAUAAUGCACCAAUGAAUUUGCCUAACCAAGAUGGAACUGUUGGUGAUAAUUCCAGGGGCAAUUUAAUAGUCAGUGAACAACAGGAACUUAAUGGACAUGCUGUUAACUGCUGACAAUCUGUACUAUAAUUGUUGUGUAUUCUAUUUGGCGGUGUUAUCAGUUUGGUACUGAUCUUCCGUAAAUCAUCUGAGACUGUUUCCUAUCUUAAAUAAGUAGAAUAUUCUUGUAAUGUUUCUCCAUUAGCAGUGCUUCAUUGUCACUCCAAUUGUACUGCACUUUUCACAGAGAAAAGGUUCUCACUUUGUGGGAAAUUCAUCACCUGUGCAGUUACUUCAAACUGUACAAUGCUUAAAUGUUCGAAAUCCAACUCAAUAUGUUGCGUUCCACACCAUUUCAUGUUGAUCAGACUGUUACAUCUGUAAUUCAGUCUUUUUCCAGGAUUGAAAGCCCAACAAUGCAUUAAUCUAAAUAAUUUAAGGACAGUGUCCCCUACUGGAUCAGACAGUGGUUCUGUUCACAUCAUCACACUGACAUGUAUGGGACAACUGGCACACAUGUAAAUCUCUAAAAAUUCAUUGCCAUGCAUUGUCUUGAUCCCUGCUUUAACAAUUUUUUUUCUGAUCCCAUAGAUUCUUACAUUGUUCCUGAACUAACUGAGAACCAGUGCCACCUUUUAAAUAUUUGAUUGAACCCAAAACCAUUAGUUGUAAAAUCCAGUUGUCUUGAUACUAACUUGCAGGGAGAUGAUGGGGUGAUGAUUGGAUUAUGAUAGAAAGUUUCCACAGAAAAAUCACUGUUGUUACAAUGAGAGAUUGGUAGAUUUAUACUCAUAUUAUCUUCAUCUUUACAUGGAAUGAAUAGCACAGAAUGAGCCAUUUUAUGCACUACCCAAGAACCACCUCCUAUCCCACUUCAUCUCAACCUCUAUUCCUUUAUUUACUCUAAAUGCGAGGAGAAGUGAGGUCUGCAGAUGCUGGAGAUCAGAGCUAAAAUGUGUUGCUGGAAAAGUGCAGCAGGUCAGGCAGGAUCCAAAGAACAGAAGAUUCGACCUUUCGGGCAUAAGCCCUUCUUCAUAAGCCAUUCCUGAAGAAGGGCUUAUGCCCGAAACAUCAAAUUUCCUGUUCCUUGGAUGCUGCCUGACCUGAAUUACUCUCUGCCCAAUUUUUACACCCUGCUUCAUUUACAACCGCCACUAAUUCUCCCCUCCCAUUAAACGCCCCUAUAUUUAACAACCACAACCAUUAACACCCUACUCCAAUUUACACCACCACCCACUUCUAGCUACCUUGUAUAAUAUCCCAAAUUUAUAUCCUCUGCCAAUUUUUGCCCCCAUUUGCCUCCUAUUUUAAAGCUCUCUAUUUACAAUUUCAUUAUCCAUUUAUAUCUGCUUCUCUAAUUACAGCUGGCCCCAUUUUGCUUUCGAGUGACUUCAGUUCAAUCCAACCAGCUGCCACAAAAAUUAAAAUCACACCUUUACUCUUUGAGCUUAAAAGUAAAAUUUUUCUAGAGUCAGGAUUGGAGACUUGCUGCAGGAAAGUGUGCUCCAGUAGAUGGCAAAGCAGCAGCAACUGGGAAUGGUGGAUGUGAUAUUGCUGCUAAAUCACAAGUUUGUUCACACAGGCUGUUUUAUUAAUAGUUGGAGGAUAUUUUAAAAUGGUUCAUCUUGUGGCAUUGAAAUGCCUAAGCACUGUAUGUUAAAAAGGAUGAGAUCAGUGCGGUAGGAACAGCCUGUCCUUUUGAACUACUGACCCAUAAACUCUACAUUACAAACCCAGCUUGGAAAAUAAUAUGCAACACACAUUGGAAACCUUGAACAUUUCAGCUCACAAAGAAAUUAAACCUUGUUAAAACAUACUGAAAACAGGACAGAUAAAAGGAACCGUUGCAUAGUUACAGGGAACUAUGCAGAUGACACAAAGAUAGUUAGAGGGACAGGUAGCUUUGAGGGCGCAAAGAAUUGGCACAUGGAGUACAAUGUGGGCAAGUGUGAGAUCGUGCACUUUGGUGGGGCAAAUAGAGGCAUGGACUAUUUUCUAAAUGGGGUGAAAAUUCAGAAGUCUGAAGUCCAAAGAGACUUAGGAGUUUUAGUCCAGAAUUCUCUCAAAGUAAACUUGCAGAUUGAGUCAGUAGUUAGGAAGGGAAAUGCAAUGAUGGCAAUUAUUUUAAGAGGAUUUGAAUGUAAAAGCAGGAUGUACUUCUGAGGCUCUAUUAAGCUGUAGUCAGACUUCAUUUGGAGUAUUGUGCGCAGUUUUGGGCCCCAUAUCUCAGGAAGGAGGUACUGGCCCUCUGAGAGACUAGGACCCAAGAGCACAGCUUUAGAGUAAAGGGAAGACUUUUUAGAACACAGAUAAGGAGAAAAUGUUUUCAGCCAGAGAGUGGUGGAUCUAUUGAAUUCAUUAUCACAGAAGGCUAUGGAGGCAGGUCACUGAGUAUAUUUAAGAUUGCAAUAGAUAGAUUCUUGAGUAUCAAGGAUUACUGGGAGAAAGCUGGAGAAUUGGGUUGAGAAACUUAUCAGCCAUGAUUGAAUGGCGGAGCAGAUUCUGGCUGAAUGGCCUAAUUUCUGCUCCAAUGUCAUAUGGUCUUAUAGAAUGUCCGCUAUGGUACAUACCACCUGUGUUUGGGAAUGUAUUAGUGGAAAAGCCACAUUCCAUUCAGUACUGCAGUAUGGCAUGUGUCACAAUUUGAAUCUAUAAUGAAUAAUCUACAUUAACUUCUGCUGUAUUGAAUGUCUUCGCCACAUUAACUCAGGAGCAAUGCACUGCUUUGCUAAUAUACUUCAACUCCAAUCAGAUGUUAUUUUAAUUUAGUUUCUCAGUGUAACGAUUCUCUAUCUUGUUCGUGACAAAGCUUUUUUUUAUUGUUUUUAUGGAUUUUCACAUGUAAAGCUGAAGAUUAGGCUGCUAUCACACCUUCAAUAAUAAUUCUGGUUCCACCAAAACCCUAAUGCUUUUCUUUAAAAUGUAUGAGUUCCUUUGAAAAGAAAAUAGAUUUCAAUUCUUAAUCGGCAACCUCUGCACAUCACUUAGACAAUUUCACAGUACCAAGGAGAGACAUGAAUUCUUCAAAUCAGAGAUCAAAUUAAGGCCUUGUCUGUCCUCUACCCAUGUUAAAGGCUCCAAAUCCAUUAACUCAAAACAAAGUAGGGGUGUUUUUGUACUAUUCUGGCUAAUAUUUAUGCUUCAUUGGUAGAUGUACAAAUGAUAAGGAGGAAACUCCUCAAUUCUUACAUUGAAGAAAAUAAACUGUAUAAUAUUAGCUGCUAAUGCUUGAAUCCAGAAUUUUCACCAAGUAAUUGAUACUUGCGAUGACAGCACUGACAUCUGAGGAGAGAUUGAGUCGGUUAGGAUUGGAUUCACUGGAGUUUAGAAGAAUGAGGGAGGAUCUCAUCGAGACCUAUAAAAUUCUAACAGGACUAGACCAGUUAGAUGCAGGAAGGAUGCUCCCAAUGGUGGGGGAAUUCAGAACCAGGGGUCAGAGUUUAAGAAUGAGAGGUAAACCUUUUAGGAUGGAAAUGAGGAGACAUUUCUUCAUGCAGAGUGUGGAUGAGCCAGUGGAAGUCACGACUACAUGAAGUAGUUGAGGCCAAAACAUUGUGUUUUCAAGGAGGAGGUAAACAUAGCUCUUGUGGCUAAAGGGAUCAAAGGAUAUGGGAGGAGGAUGAGAUGAGGGUUUUGAGCUCACCGGUCAGCUGUGAUCAUAAUGAAUGGCAGAGCAGGCUCGAGGGAUCAAAUGGCGUACUCCUGCUCAUAUCCUCCCUUUCUCAGAGUAUCUCCAGCCAGUUGGAAAUAGUGAGAACUGCAGGUGCUGGAAAGUCAGAGGUGUAGAGGUGGAAAAAGCACAGCAGAUCAAACAGCUUCAGAGGAACAGGGAAGUCCUCAGAUUGGAACCUUUCAUCCUGAUUAGCAGCCCUACCCAACAUUUGAUGAUGUAGGAUAAUGUGCUUUGUCAGAGGCUGCUUCUUGUGAACAAGUAUUGUUAUUUUUCAUUCAUUAGGUGGGAUAGUGUUCUUUACCCAUAAUUGGCUGUGAAAGGACCAUCUCUGAAAUGAUGUCUUCAGUCAGUAAGAUCACACACUGGAGAGAUGUAUUAGAUCAGUUGGACAAAUAUAGUAUCCAACACCUGAUCAUUCAUCCUGCAAGUCAGAUAUCUUUAAAUAUCUGAGAGCUAGAAGAAUUAACCAGUGUUAGGAUCUAUUACCAUUCAUACAGGAUGUUUGAAGAUCAUGUUAUUAGGUUUUGAUAACUGUGAUGUUUGAUUAAUGUUCUAUAUUAAGACUUGACUUUACACAGGUUCUCUGACCUUCACUAACUAAGGUAUCUUUUAUGUUAUGUCUUAUUUUAUGAUGUACAACUGCAUUAUCUUUACUACAUGUUGUAAAAGAUGUGUCUUAAGAAUAAUGUGAA